AUGCCCUUGUCUAUUUUCAACACCUUAGACAUAGGAGAGGCUAGACCUACCACAGUCACACUCCAAUUGGCCAACAAGUCCAUAGCAUACCCUAAGGGGAAGAUUGAAGAUGUGUUGAUGCAAGUUGACAAGUUCAUAUUUCCAGUAGACUUUAUCAUUCUAGACUUUGAGGUAGAUAAGGAAAUUUCCAUUAUUUUAGGAAGACCAUUUCUAGCUACCGGAAGAACUUUGAUAGAUUUCGAAAAAGGAGAGUUGACUAUGAGACUCCAAGACCAUAAAGUCACCUUUAAUGUCUUCGACUCUCUAAAGUACCCUGAUUACUUGGAAAAGUGUUCAAGAAUAUCUGAGAUAGAGGAAAUGUGCUUUGAAGAAGGAACUCAGAAGAACUUUAAGUUGGAAGAGGAGUGUGAUGAGGAAAUAGAAGAGUGUGUUGAGGAAAUAGAGGAAAUAGGAAAUGAUAUUGUCCUAGUGAAUGCUGUAGCAUUUGAGCUGCUAGAAAACUAUCAGAUUUUGAGAAGAUGCGUGCCUGAAUCUGAAGUGGCAGCAAUCCUGCAGCAUUGCCAUCAUGCACCAUACGGAGGCCAUUUUGGAGGCCAAAGGAUUGCAACCAAGGUUCUACAGUCCGGUUUUUAUUGGCCAACCAUUUUUAAAGACUCCCACAAUUUUGAACAGAGGUGUAACGAAUGUCAAAGAAGUGGCUCCAUUUCUAAAAGAAAUGAAAUGCCAUUAAAUGGGAUACUUGAAGUUGAAUUAUUUGAUGUAUGGGGAAUAGACUUUAUGGGUCCUUUCCCUCCAUCAAAUAAUUGCCAGUACAUUCUUGUGGCUGUAGACUACGUAUCCAAAUGGGUGGAAGCCAUGGCAUGUGUGUCAAAUGAUGCCAAAAUUGUGGUUAAGUUCCUCCAAAAACAAAUUUUCACACGGUUCGGUACCCCUAGAGCACUAAUUAGUGACGAGGGUACCCACUCUAUGAACAAUUUGUAA